UCGCACAGAAUUUGUAGAAAAUCAAGUCAUUGCCGUGUCAAAAGCGUUUGCUUAUGCAAAUAUUUCACACAAUAUUGCUAUAUUCAAACCAAAAAAAAAAAAUCUCAUUACCAAAAUAAUACUUCCUUCGUUUCUCUGGAUUUUCUUUUCUGGAGGAAAUUUGACAUUUUCCGAGGGAAGAAAUUUUUGAGCUGUUUGUUUGGCAAGAAAAAGAGAAAAGUAGAUAUGAGAGGCGCAAAUGGAGAAUCCAGAGCUAUGAAUAACACUUUGGAGACCAUACAUGCUGCUGCUAACGCGAUCGCUUCAGCUGAGAAUCGUGUUCCACAAGCUACGGUUCAGAAGAGAAGAUGGGGUAGUUUCUGGAGCAUAUAUUGGUGUUUUGGAUCUUACAAACAAAAAAAGCAAAUUGGGCCCGCUCUUCUUGUUUCUGAAAUGAGUGCUUCCGGUGCUAACGUGCCUACUGCUGAAAACCCAACCCAAGCCCCUGUCAUGGGACUUCCCUUUGCUGCACCACCCUCCUCUCCUGCAUCUUUCCUUCCAUCUGAACCCCCCUCUGCUACACAGUCUCCAGUUGGUUUAGUGUCUCUCACCUCUAUUUCUGCUAGUAUGUAUUCUCCAGGGCCUGCUUCUAUUUUUGCAAUUGGCCCUUAUGCUCAUGAAACUCAGUUAGUUUCACCACCUGUUUUCUCGACCUUUACUACCGAACCUUCAACUGCUCCCUUUACUCCUCCUCCUGAGUCAGUGCACUUGACUACACCUUCCUCACCUGAGGUGCCAUUUGCUCAGUUGCUUGGCCCCAACCUCCAGUAUGGAGAGGCUGGACAGAGAUUCCCAAUAUCCCACUAUGAAUUUCAGUCUUAUCAACUUCAUCCUGGAAGCCCUGUUGGCCAACUGAUUUCCCCAAGCUCAGGCAUCUCAGGUUCUGGCACCUCAUCUCCUUUCCCUGAUGGUGAGUUUGCUGCUUCUCUACUCUCUCCUGAGUUUCGAAUGGGUGACCCUCCCAAGCUCUUGAACCUAGAUAAGCUUUCCAGACGUGAAUGGGGAUCACAUCAUGGUUCUGGCACUUUAACCCCAGAUGCUACAAGGUCCACACCUCACAACGGUUUUCUUCUGGAUCAUCAAGUCUCUGAGAUUGCGUCACAUCUGCAUGUGGAUAGAGGAAAGCAAACUGGUCAGGUUGCAGUUAAUCAUAGAGUUUCAUUUGAGUUGAAUACUGAAGAAAAUAUAAGAUGUGUGGAAACGGAGACAGCAACACUUUCACAAGCUGUGUCUGGAUCUCUACAGAAUGAAACAACAAGAGAGAAGGUAGAAAGCGCUACUAAGGUGGUGGAUGAUUAUGAAUGUCGUGUUGGUGAGACAUCCAAUGAAAGACCGGAGAAAGCUCCUGCGGAUUGGGAAGGCAAACCACAGCACCAUAAGAAUCAAUCCAUUACACUUGGGUCAGCUAAAGAAUUCAAAUUUGACAAUGUUGAUGGAGGUGAUGCCCAUAAGCCUAUUGUUAGUUCCGAUUGGUGGGCCAAUGAGAAGGUAGCUGGAAAGGACGAUGGUGUACCGAGUAAUUGGUCCUUUUUCCCCAUGAUGCAGCCAGGUGUAAGCUAACUGGGAAUCGUUUUAGCAGAUGCCUUCUUAUUUCCAUUAUCAUUUUAGGAAUUUAGGUGUGGCUUUGGGGAUUCAAACAAUUUGGUAACAGCAACAGAGCGCAAUUAUUCAGUCAAAUUAUAGAUAAUUUUAGGGUUUUGACUCAGAUUGUGACUAAUAAAAGGGUCUUAUAGGAAUGUUUCUCUUGUUUAAAUAUGUAUUAUAUUUCACUAAUUUAGGCAGAUAGAUAUAAAAAGUCUUUGAUUUGAGCUCUCAUAUUGAAGAUAUUAAUAAUAGAAUAGUGGAUGACAAUAAUAGUAAUAGCAUUGCAGUUAAAGAAGGAAACAAAUAUAUGUCUACUUAAAGAUGUUUUACUGUUAUAAUGGGAUAAAUGGAGUUAGUUUUGAACUAAUGUAAGGUGAUAUUCACGAAAUUGAUGUCAUAUUAAUGCUAGCAUAUAAUCUGUUCAUUUGUUUCUCCAUGUAACCCUUGCUUUGGUUCACUCUGGAGGCAUAAUUUGGGCAGACUAUGAAGUACAAAAAAUAUUGUUAUUUCUAACCCUAUUUCUUGCUUAAGUUUAAGACAUGUUGGGAGGUUUUUUUGAAACCAAUGAAAAGUUGCAGCUGGAAAUUAGAACCAGUUGCUAACUUGUGCUGUUACACGAGGAUGAAAUGAAUGAUCCAUAAAGCAAAGGUUGAGACGAAAGUUCUGCGAAGCCAGUGUGGGCUGAUGGCCUGUUUGGAGUCCGCACUAACCCAGACGCCAUCUUGGAUUUCAGUAACCAAUAUUUGGUAUCUUACGCUAGUGAAUAUAUAUUGCUUGCAAAUAUUCGAGUGACCUUGCUGACCCGUAGGACUAACAUGAUUUGAACAAAAUUUUUGACAGGAUUUGAGCAUAGGUCCUACCAGAG